AUGGUGGCAUCACUAUCCAAUGAUGGCACUGCCAGAACAAAAAGCGCUGACGAUGAAGAUUCAGAAGGCAUGACCUCUGCUGCCACUCCAGUCACCAACAAUGUUAGCGUCAAGAUUGCUGCUACUGAAUCAUCCCAGGAAGUGACAUGCAGUGAUGUUGCGGAAGCCUUUCCUUCGUCAUCUUCAUCAGAAUCGUCAUCGUCGCCAGAAGAACAAGAAGAGACAGUUCAACUUCAUGUCAACAAUAACAAUGAAGGUCUUCCUAGUGACGAAGAAGCAUCAGAUCUUCAGCGUUCCCCAAUGACGGCGGCGACGACUCCUACUACCAACAAUGUGACUAGUAACCCUGAGGUUGUUGCUGCUGCCACUACGGAUGUCUCAUACGCCUUUCCAAUCGAGGAGGAACAAGAAACGGAAAAUGAUGAUGACCUUAACAGCCAACAGACUGGUGGUUCUCUUGCUGGUGUCGACAUUAUGGAUUCCAGUGUUGCUUCUACUAGCAAGGACCAAGGCGAUGCUAGCGUGGAGGAAUGCUCGCCGUCACCAUCCGCCAUUCCGCCCACCACACCCUCGAAUCAACAUGAUCAAGUGGAUGUGGACAUGGCUGCCAUGGAAAUAUCAUCUUCUCCUAUUCCCAAACCAAAUCUAUUGGAAAUGGAAGUGAUGAAGAAGGGCAAUGUUACUCCUGACACGUCGGCACCUUCCGAUAGCGAAGCCUCUUCCUAUACGGACGAUGCUUCGUCCUCUUCCAACUUUUCCUCCACCUCCGAAGAGGAGGAGGAGGAGUACUCUCCCUUUCCCGUAACUCUUGAAGAUUCCUUUGAAGCCCAAGAGUCGGUGACUGAUGGGAUUGUCAACCUCUUUAUGCAACAACAGCAAAAGAAGAAAGAACACAAGCGAGAAGACCGUCGGCGAAAACUGAAUCGGCGCAAAGAAUUGGAAUUGUCACGAGAACAAGCAACGGAUUCUUCCGAAGAAGAUGAUGAUCAAGAACUGGAACAGUCUCGUCGCCGACCACCUUCUCGAACAAGACGUCGUCCUCGUGACUAUUCGGCCCGUCAUCGCCAAAACGACAUUCAAAAGACCUUGCACUACAACACCACCAGUUCGCAUCGUACCAACAAGAAUGAACAGGAUGGCCAUGAUGUGGUGAAGGAAAACCGCAAGGCUCGAACAAAGCCUUUAAACGAUGACUACAUGUUACAAGAAGAGAUUUGGCUCAACAUGUUUUGCAAUGCCGUUCCAUCUUAUGUGAUGGAUUAUUUCAAGGCAUUUGGAUGCGUCAAGCAGGCCCAAACGCCACAAUCACAAAAUCAACCACCAAAGUCGGCGAAUUGUCAACAACAUCCACAACCCUUUGUGACGGAUGAGGAAUAUCGAAAACGUCAACAUCGGAAGCAACAACACGAUCGGCGUCGUCACUUUCGUAGUCGCAUGAACGGAGAAGACGAAAAAAAGGAAGAAGAAGCACCCUCGUCCAGGCAGCAACAAGUCCCCUCCAGUGUUUCGUAUGACGAAAGUGAUCACGGAAGCAGUGUCUUUACUGGAUUGUACGACAAUGAGGACUUGGUAGUAGUACCAAAAAAAGAAGACGUUGCUCAACUACGAGAUCCACAACCAAAACAACAGUAUUUGGAACUCGAGCGCCCAACCACUAUUAUCACCACUACCACUACUACUGCUAUGGACAACAAUAAUGCAAACUUGUCCACCAUUUUGGAAGAGGGAGAGAGCCAAUUGUUCGAACGGUUACCGGAUGUGGUUGUGAAUUAUCCGCCCAAUCAACCGCCAACCUUUGCGUGCUAG